AUGUUGGUAUUAAUGAAGCGUUCGAAUGGGUGUUUUUACAGGUUUCUGCGAAGAUCUGUAGCUCAACGUAACAAUACUGGAGGACAAACCUACAUCCAAUUGGAUAAUCCAACAUCUUACACACAAGUAUUGAAAGAGCCCCUGCUCAAAAGACAAGAACUUGGAAAUGGUGCGAGAGUAGAGAAUCUUCAGAAAAGUUUAGAGAUGAACAAAUAUGGAGUUACUUUGCGAGACAAAGCUGAGAUCAUUAAAUGUUUCUAUCCCACAAAAUACUCAACGCUAAGGGUUGAUCAAGAUAGAAGCUAUAGCAACGAGCAUCUUGAAAUCGAGGGUAGAGGGCUGUUACAUUUGGUCGUCAAGGAAACGUUUAUGCAGUUGUACAAGAGAACUUCAAAAGAUGUUGGCAAAUAUGACUUCAAUUAUGGAUUAAAGAUGGGCAGAUUAAGCUCCUGGAAAAAGAAGCCUGCUUUGCUAGUACGACAUUUUUUGAAACGUAAGGGUCUCGCGAAAUUGGCUAGAUUACCGAUUCCGCAAAGUCAAAUCCCAUUGAGAAUACAGUAUGUAUACGAUCAAAGAUCUUUUAAUGCAAUUAUUGGAUAUAUCGCCAAGACAAACGAUGCGCAGACGGUCAAUGAGUUUUUGAAAGCUGAAAUUGCAAAAGAUAUUGUACAGACCAUGCUCACUCGAUGA